UCCACUUCUCUGUUGUGCGUGUGCUCGAGUGCGAGUGUGCUUCCCCACCCCAUGCAAUACAACACACCCCACGGACACAUACAGACACACCACAGCACCACCACCACCAGCAUCAGCAGCACACGAGGUGGCAUGCACCCACUGGAUCGGCCAUGGCUGCCACAGCUGUUCUCGCUGUGGACGUUUGGAUGGAUGACGGGGGCGGUGAAGGCGGGUGCGCAACGGCAGCUGGGCGCGGACGAUCUCCUGGCCUUGCCAUCGUUUGCGGGAGCCAGCGCGUGCACUGAGCGCCUGUGGCAUGCGUGGCACAGCAAGGCAGACGAACAGCAGCCCAGCAACCGCACAUCUUUCUUCCGCGCCUGCCUCGCUGCUGAGCACAGGGCGCUGCUGCUGGCAGGCUUCUUCUGGUGCAUCCAAGUUGCUGUGGAGACCGUCCUGGCGUACUUCCUGGGCGAGAUCACCCGUGUCCUGGAGCGACUGGAGGCCCAGGACAAUGACGACGACAACGUCAGCAACACCACCCUCACAGCCAACACGACAACCAACAACACUGCUGGUUAUGAAGACCUUGACAGUCACGGUGGCGGCAGAUCAGAUGGCAGCGUCCUCUACUACUACGCGCUUGCCAUCGCUCUCCUCGCGCUCCUGCAAGGGUCAUUGAACCAUCUCGCCAUCUUCUUGGCAAGGCGCGUUGGCAAUAGCUUGCGUGCAGGCACCAUCGACCUUGUGUUCCGAAAGGCUUUUCGGCUGCACCACAAAGACAUGAUGGACACAACCGUGGGCAAAAUCACUAAUAUCAUCAGCAACGACGUGGAAAGACUAUACGUUGCCCCUGUGGCCAUCAACUACAUCUGGAUCGCACCGCUUCAAACCAUCGUGGCAGCCAUCUAUCUCUGGCACAUUAUCGGGCCGUUCUGCUUGCUUGGGCUGUGCAUCCCUGUCCUGAUGUUUCCCGUGCAGGGCAUCUCCGCAAAGCUCUUUGCUCAGUACCGCAUCGCCACCGCCCAACACCGCGACCACCGCGUCAGCAUCAUGAACCAGAUUCUGGGCGGGAUGCGCGUGAUCAAGAUGUACGUGUGGGAGAAGCCGUUUGCCCGCCUCAUCGCGGCCAUCCGAAAGAAAGAGCUGGUGUCUGUGCGAAAGACGCAGACACUGCGAGGCAUCAACAUCACGCUCGUGUACCUCGGCACCCCAGUCAUGACGUGCCUCACAUUUGUGCCGUACGCACUGACUGGUCACGAGCUCACAGCCUACACCGUGUUCACCAGCCUGGCCCUGCUGAACAUCGUCCGUCUCAUGGCCAUGUAUCAGUUUCCAAUCGGCAUCCAGUACUUCAGCGAGAUGCGCGUGUCGUGUGCGCGGAUUGAGCGGUUUCUGCGGCUGCCGGAGCACGUGCCACCGGACGACGCGUCCACUGCCGCGCUGCCAGUCGGAUCCAUCCGCCUCCAGCACGCAACAUUCUCCUGGAACGACGGCAACAUGGGCGGCAGUCGUGAUGAUGGUGAUGAUGAUGACGACGAGAAGGGGACGGGUACUGGAGGCAACAGCAGCAACGGCAAGGUGGAUGUGUUGCAUGCACAGCAAGACGAGCAACAGAAGAAGAAGAACAGCAACAACAACAAGAAGAAGCAGGCGAUGAAUGGAGACAAGCCCGUGCCUGCAGGCAACAACACGCUGACAGAUGUGACACUGGACAUCAAGCCUGGGAUGCUGGUUGGUGUUGUUGGUCCCGUUGGUUCAGGCAAGACCACCCUCCUCAUGGGCAUGCUCAGGGAGCUGCUGCCGAGCAAAGGCAGUGCCGGUGUGCGCGGGCGCGUGAGCUAUGCGUCGCAGGAGCCCUGGAUCCUGGCCACCACCGUGCGUGAGAACAUCCUCUUUGGCGCCGCCGACGACCCGGCCCGCCGCGCAGCCGUCAUUCGCGCGUGUGCGCUAGAACGCGACCUGCAGCUGCUGCCCGGCGGGGAACAGGCGCUCAUUGGGGAGCGCGGUGUCACGCUCUCUGGCGGGCAGAAGGCCCGCGUCUCGCUUGCCCGCGCCGUGUACCGCCAGGCAGACGUGUACUUGCUCGACGACCCGCUCAGCGCCGUCGACGCGAAGGUCGGGCGGGUGCUGUUUGAGGAGUGCAUCUGCGGGUUGCUUGCAGGCAAGACGCGCGUGCUGGCGACGCAUCAGGUGCACCACCUCGCCAAGGCGGACCUCGUCGUCGUCCUCGACGCAAACGGACGCGUCGCCGCGCAAGGCCCAUACAAGGAGAUUGCCGCCAAGCACCCGUCUGCCCUGCAGGGCUUUUUCGAUGCUGAUGCAGCGGACAGCGAUAAGCACAACUCCCGGUAUGCACUGCCGCAGGAAACAUUCGCUCGUGAUACACGUGCGCAACAUGAAGACAGCGACAGCAGUACCACCAGGAACAAUGACAACAACGAUAACGACAACAGUGGCAACAACGACAACUACACCAAUGACAACAGCGGCAAUGGGGCUCAUCGUGAUCAUUAUGACCAGUUUCAACACGCAACAAAACGCACAAGUGACAGCAGCAACUCUGUGGUGAGCGAUGACCCAACACAUCACCAAGAUUGCGACCCCGUGUCAACGUCAACGACUGCGCUUGUUGACAAGUCCAUGGUAGCUUCGAGGUAUGCCCGGCGGCAGACCCUCGCUGGUGAUGAGAGUCGACAGGCAGGCGAUGUGACUCUCGCCGUUUACAAGGAGUACAUCCUGCACACCGGCCCAAAGAUUAUGCUGCUUGUGACUGCAUUGACCGUGCUAGGGACACAGUCCCUAUUUGUGGGUGCAGACAUAGUGCUCGCGUUUUGGGUGGAUGAAGCCCAGACCGAGGGAACCAGCGACACCCGACUCUUAACCAUUUACGUCAUACUGCUUGGGGUGGUGGUCGCUGUGAGCCUUGUUCCGGUGCUGUUUCUGCUGCACGGGUUCGUCAAUGCGUCUUGCUGGCUACACGACGACAUGUUCAAGCACAUUCUCUUUGCACCCAUCCGAUUCUUCGACACCAACCCCAUUGGUCGCAUCCUCAACCGGUUCAGCAAGGACCUGGGAAGAACGGAUGAUCAGCUCGCUUUCACAUUUGCUGACUUUGUCACCGUUGCUUCCGCCACGCUCGUCAUUAUCUUUCUUGCUGCUGGCAUUCUGCCAUGGCUGCUCGUAAUUGUGGUGCCACUCUUCAUCCUCUUCUAUCUGCUUCGCCGCCGCUAUCUCUGGAGUGCACGCGAAGUCCAACGCCUGGAAUCCGUGUCCAGAUCGCCAAUCUACACCCACUUCAACGAAAGCCUGACUGGGCUUGCGACGAUUCGCGUGUUUGACGCGUAUGAUCUAGCACUGCAGACGUUCCGCUACUACCAAGAUGAGCACAGCCGUGCGGUCUACAUGUUCGUUGGUCUGCGUCGAUGGGUUGCAUUCAGACUUGACAUGCUUGGCGUUGCCUUUGCAACGUGCGCCGUGUUUGUGACUGCUGGGAUUCGACACGAAUUGGAGGCCGGGUUGGCUGCGCUUGCCAUCUCGUAUGCACUUCGGCUUCCCGGCGUCAUUCAGUGGGCGACGCUGGAGUCUGCAGCCGUGGAGAACGAAAUGACGAGCGUGGAGCGGAUUAUCGAAUACACGCACGUGCGUGUUGAGCAACAGCCAGAUUUCGACAUCGACGAGUCGGUGGCGGCGCGGAUGGCAAAUAAGAUGUUGCCGCCGUCGUGGCCAGAGGGCGGUGGGCUCUCGUUUCUUCACAUGAGUCUCAAGUACGACAAGAAUCUUCCGUACGCAUUGAAGGACGUCACGCUCAGCAUUGCCCCAGGCGCCAAGGUUGGCAUUGUUGGGCGGACUGGCGCUGGCAAGAGCAGCAUCCUGGCAGCCCUCUUCCGCCUCAGCAUCGAUCCAACGCUGUUCAGCGGGACGGUGCGGUACAACCUGGAUCCCUUUGAGCAGUACAGCGACGCCGACCUCUGGGCAGCGCUUGAGACAGUGCAAUUGAAGGAAAAAGUGCAGCAGAUGGAUGGCGGUCUGGAGGGACACGUGCAGGAGCAAGGCUCCAACUUUAGCGUCGGCCAGAAGCAGCUCAUCUGUCUCGCGCGCGCUCUCCUCAGUCAGCGGACCAAGAUUCUUGUGAUUGAUGAGGCGCGGCCCCACGUGGAGGAUCCGCCCGAUCGCCUGAUCCAACACACUCCCGCCGCGAAUUCAAGGAUUGCACCGUGCUGACAAUUGCACAUCGCCUGCACACCAUUAUGGAUUCCGACAUGAUUGCCGUCAUGGACGCAGGAAGGUUGGUGGAGUAUGACCAGCCGUAUGCGCUGCUGCAGAGAAGCAACAGCCACUUGUCGCGGCUGGUGGCGAGUGUGGAGGCCGACAGCCACGCCGCCCUGGUCAACGCAGCAAAGCGGCACCACUCCAUCGCCAUUCACGACACCCCCACAGUAACCAGCAUCGUGUAGCGUGCACCCGAGGGGACUCUUCUCACACACAACCUCCUCCAAUCAGCCCGUCGAGGCUAGCUUGCAUGCUGUGGGACUUUCGAUCUUUAUUUCAACUCGCACACCGCAUACAUACACACACACACACAUUCAUGACAAGCGAGUUCUUCAGCGUAGGAACAUGACCCUCGACCACACACACGCGCGCACGCACGCAAAAUACAAGGAAACAGUUCAAGUUGGA